AUGGACGGCUUUCGACCUCAGUCGCCAGAUCUCUCCUCCUACCAGCCCCAGUCUCCAGAUCUAUCCGGACUUCGCCCGGAGAGCCCUGACCUCUCUGGCAUUGGCUCACCGCGCUUCGGAAACUUCAGUCAACACCGCUCCCACUUUCCAGCCGGCGCGUUCGGCGGUCACCACCACUACACAGGCUACCAGCCCACCUCGGUGCCCCAGCAAUACAACUACCAACCAUAUCAACAAUCCGCCGCCAUGCCUCCUCGCGCCAAGCCCGAAGCCGACGACGACGAAUACAUGCCCGAUGUCACAUCCUCUAAGAGACCUCGCCGAGUAAAGCAGGAGCCAUCGAAUGCCAUGAACGGCCUUGCUCCUGCCUUCGCCGACGUGCCACCUGUCAAAGCCGAGGACAGCGACCCGACCCUUGGCUGCAAGCUCAACACCGCAUUUCCUGUCGCGCGCAUCAAGAGAAUCAUGCAGGCUGAUGAGGAUAUCGGCAAGGUUGCCCAGGUGACUCCCACCGUUGUGAGCCGCGCAUUGGAGCUGUUCAUGAUCAAGCUCAUCUCUGCUGCGGCGACUCAGGCCAAGGGCUCUGGACCAGCGGCCUCCAAAGGGCCGAGACGCGUACUGGCCCAGCAUCUCAAGAAGGCGAUCGUUACGGACGAGAAGUUUGACUUCCUGAAUGAGAUUGUGGACAAGGUGCCAGAUGCACCGUCGAAGGGAAAGAAGGAGACAAACAGUGAUUCGGACGAGCCAAAGCCGAAGAAGAGAGGCAAGAAGCGGAAGGAUUCCGGGGAUGAGUUUUGA